AUGCUUUGUCCAUUGUUAGUUCUCCUGGCUAUUUUUGCCGGGGCCAGAUGCUCUGAAUUGGCGAUGGUUGACCAACUCCAACAACGACUGCUUUCAACCAAUGCCAGUGGUAACCUUUUGACUAAGGACUAUCUGGAAAGCAAAUUUCCAUUCCUCAAAUCUGACUGUGUUAAAGAUGCACUGAGCCGGUUUCUGCCAAUUUGUUUGAAAGAAGGUAUUGAAUCCGUUGAGACAGAGCUUCGUGUCGAAACUGCCGUCAAACUCUCAAUUUGUGAGUUCAAAGCCUCUGGGCUGGAACACAUACCGAAUAGUUGCGAAUCGAAAGCUAUUGAUUCGAUGAUGGACUGUAUGAUUCAACUAGAAUCAUCGGCACAGUGGUGGACAACUUACAGCGGAAACUAUCAAAGACUAACAACAAUAUGUUUCGAAAACUCUCUUCCUUAUGAGAAAGAUCAAAUCCUGGCAUUAUUCCUUAACAUAACCAACACUUACACUGACCUCAGCGACCAACUUAACGAGCAGUUAUAUCAAAUCAUAUCCAAUUCUGAAUUCGCUUCCAGGGAACACAUGCAAAAAAUGGCCAGCAUGUUUCAGGAUUAUAUGAGCCGUUUUACCGAAGAAUCUAAAUCUCAUAAAUCAGUAAUUGAAGAUGAUAUUAGAGCUCAUAGAAAUCAAGUCAAUGAACUCAUUAUUAAUAACUCAGCCAACUUUGAGCAAGAACUUUCAAAACGCAAUUUCGAGCUCACAAACAAUGUUAGAGAGGUUCUUGAUAUCAUUGGAAUGAUUAAAAGCUCGCUGCAACAUUUGGAUAUCUCAAAUGAAAUUAACGAAAUUAAUAAGCAAGCCAUGAGUGAUUGGAAGAGAGUGGAUGAAGUGGCCGAAAGUGUACUGAAAUCGCAGCACGACGGCCAAGAGCAAUUGAGUGAACAAUGGGAUGAGUUCUUGAGUUCGACUAGGAAGAAUAUGUCAGUUAUGUCAACAGAGCUAAUUGAAUCACAAAACCAUGCCAUCAAGGUUUUAGGCAGCUACGAUGAAAUGAUGAAGCAUUAUAUGGUUACCACAUUAUCAGAAGAAAUGUUCCCAGAAUUACAGGCGCUUCAACAGCAGAUACUGAUGGAUUGGAAACAAACAACUGAUUUCAUUGCAGAGGAUCUAGCAUACUGGAAUAGAGAAGUCUCAAGCAGCUUCGAGUCGAUAUCACAUAAUCUGAGCAGGACUAUGGAAACAGUAAAUGAUUUAGACCAGAGGAUAACGAGAUUCCAAAAUAUUUUCGCCAAAAUGCAGAAAGCUAUGGAGAUGGGAUGGAAACUAUUUCAGUAUAAUCUCUCCAUCUUGAAAUAUCUUUUAGUCCACAGGUUGUUUUGGGCACUAGCACUGAUAACCUUUUUUGGCCUCGACUUCUGGGUGUGA